AUGAAGUUCUCAACCGCUCUUACCUUCUCGGUCGCCACUCUGGCCUCUGCCAGCCCUACCGGUGUCCUUGAGAACCGUCAGAUCCUUGGAGGCCGAGUCGGGGCCGUGGCUAAAGAGUUCACCAGGGGUGGCUGCAAGCCGAUCAUCAUGAUCUUCGCUCGCGGAUCUACUGAGGUCGGCAACAUGGGGACUGUCUGCGGUCCACCCACCGCAAACGGUCUCAAGGCCGCCUUUGGCGCUGGCAACGUUGCCGUUGAGGGCGUUGACUACGCCGCCGGCCUCGCAACCAACUUCCUCCGUGGCGGCGCCGACCCUGCCGGCAUCAACGAGAUGAAGCGGCUGAUCGCAAAGGCCAACGCCGAGUGCCCGGACUCGAUGCUCGUGGUGGGCGGCUACUCGCAGGGCGCAGCAGUGACGCACCGAGCCGUCGAGAACCUGUCACAGGCGCAAAAGAAUCAAAUCAAGGCGGCGUUCACGUUUGGCGACACCCAGAAGCAGCAGGACCGCAAUCAGAUCAGGAACUUCCCCAAGGAGAAGACUAACAUCAUCUGCCAACCCGGCGACCUCGUCUGCGUCGGCACCCUCAACAUCACCCCGGCCCACCUGACCUAUGGCGUCAGGGCCAACGAGCAGGUCGCCUUCCUCCGCAGGGCGCUGCAGGCUGCCGGUGCCGCCACAGUGUGA